CAGGCCAUUGCCACUGACGCACAUCCGCGCACAUCACGCUCGCUCCCGGUUGGCAAUCCCAUAUCGUCCGUUUUACAAGCCAUUUCAAUCAAGGAGGGAGAAGAAAAAUCCUGCCGUCUGCAAGAAUACCAUGGCCGAAGCUGCCGAAGACCCACAGGACUUUGCCAAUUCCCCGACUGCACCGAGCAGUCACCUGCAUGAAAUAUCCUCCGGAUCUCAAGGCAAGAAGCGUAAUGCCUUUGCUGAGCUGAUGGCGCCCAAGCCCAAGGCAGCCAGGCCAGACGCUUCCUCGAGUCGGUCACCAGCCGGCGUUCCUUCCCCUACGCACAAGAGAACCAAGAAUUCGGGAGGUAAAACAACAACAAGGUCAAAAUGGAGCGGUGCCUUGCUUGAGUACAUAGACCAUCCCGACCACUUUCCCCAGCAGGUUAUUCGCGUGACGGAAAAGACGGUGCUAAUCCGUGACGCCUUUCCCAAGGCCACCGUUCAUCUUCUCCUCAUCCCCAGGUCCCCUGAUCAUUACGAUCUGCAUCCGCUCCAAGCUUUCCAAGAUAAGGACUUCCUUGCCAUGAUGCGAGACGAAGCUGCCAGCGCCGCCUGCCUCGCUGCUGCCGAGCUCCAGCGCAAUAUAUCGCGCUUUUCUGUAUCGAGCAAAGCACGCAAUGAAGCCAUGGACAAAGGCAUUCCUUUCGACCAACUUCCGCAAGGCCGGGAUUACCUGCCAGAUAUCCGUAUCGGCGUGCAUGCCCAUCCUUCCAUGGACCAUCUUCACGUGCACAUCAUAUCGCGCGACAUGCAUUCAGACAAGCUCAAGCAUCGGAAACACUACAACAGCUUCAACACGCCCUUUUUCAUUCCUCUCGAGGAUUGCCCGCUCGCCGAGGAUGACGAACGACGCAACACAUCCUUCCAGAAUGGAAACCUGGCCAAGGGAUUUGUCUGUUGGCGUUGUGGACAGGAAUUCGGCAACAAAUUUGCCGAGCUCAAGAGGCAUCUUGAGACCGAAUUUGCGCACUGGAAAUCAGAGUAACCUCUAGGCUGGGAUAGGAAACCCAGAUUUAUGUGGUUCUGACCGCACCAAAACGGGAGCUCUGCGUAUUCUGCGUCGAUACGAAGCACUUCGAGCAUGCAAGGUGUGCCGUGGUGCAGUACCUCGGCUGGCCAUGCGUCACCACUGCUUGUUUCUUUUCGCCCGAGAGAGUUGGGGUCGCGCAGUUGGAGGACAUGUCCCCACAACAAAAACGAGACAAGACACUGACAAAAACCUCCAUCAUCGACUGUUCCCCGCAUCGGGUAGUUACGCCAACCCAACUAAUUGUGAUGUGUGAAUAUACCAAAAGAAGGAGUUGGGGCCACCGAUGGGCACUUUACUGUUUCCGGUUCCUGAAAGCCG